CAUUUAGCAACAAAACAAAUCCUUUCUCUCUCUCGCUUCUUCACUCACUUGGGUCCUUUUAAAAGUAUCGUCAAAACAAAUACUCUCUCUCUCUCUCCUUCUCCGCUGCGACUUCUUCUCAUUCUCUCCGGCUUCUCUGUUUCUUUUUAUUAGGGUUUUUCCAUUUUGUUUCGGUUACGAAGAAGAAGAAGAAGAAAGAGUUAAAGGUUGCAUUUUUAUUUGCAUUUUGUAAAAAAAAAAUGGAGAAGAAGCAAGGGUUUUUCUCAACACUGAGAGACGAAGUGGUAAGAGGCUUAUCACCUUCUCGUUCCAGACCACCACGUUCUCGUUCCGCAAGCCCAUCACGCUCAAAUAACAACCUAACACAUAUGAAAGCUCUUCUCUGGGGUAGAAAGAAACUACUCGCUAGCUCCGGCGGCUGCAGUGGCGGCGGCGGAGGAGGUCUUUACUUGCCGCAACCGGAGCCGUUGAUUGGGAGAUCCGGUAGUUUAAGACCUGUCAUGGAAGGUCCUGAUCCGGAUGAUAACGGUGAAAUGCCUCCUGGUGGUGGUACUGGUGGGGAUUCGAAACGACUCGGGUCGGGUCUUACUCAUUGGGUCAAAGGUCAGUGGUCACGUGCUCCCUCCGUGCCUUCCAACACUCCGGCUUCUCGGAGGUCUGAUCUGAGGGUUCUCCUUGGCGUUAUGGGAGCUCCUCUCGCUCCCAUUAGUGUCUCUUCCUCAACUCAUCUCCUUCACCUCACCAUCACAGAUUCUCCCAUUGAAACAUCAUCUGCGCAGUACAUUUUGCAACAGUACACGGCGGCUUGUUGUGGUGGUCAGAAGUUAACAAACUCCAUUAAAAACGCUUAUGCUAUGGGUAAGCUCAAGAUGAUCACUUCAGAGCUCGAAACUCCUACUGGAACUGUUAGAAACCGGAACUCCACCAAGUCUGAAACUGGAGGGUUCGUUCUCUGGCAGAUGAAUCCUGAUAUGUGGUAUGUUGAGCUCUCUGUUGGUGGUAGUAAGGUUCGUGCUGGCUGCAAUGGGAAGCUCGUUUGGCGACAUACUCCUUGGCUUGGUUCUCACACUGCUAAAGGACCCGUCAGGCCUCUUCGCCGUGCUCUUCAGGGACUUGAUCCGAGAACUACUGCUACUAUGUUUGCUGAAUCCAAGUGUGUUGGAGAGAGGAAGGUGAAUGGUGAAGAUUGUUUCAUUCUGAAGCUAUGCACUGACCCUGAAACGUUAAAGGCGAGGAGUGAAGGACCAGCAGAGAUCGUUAGACACAUCCUCUUUGGUUACUUUAGCCAAAGAACAGGGCUUUUAGCUCAAAUCGAGGAUUCUCAGUUGACUCGAAUCCAAUCUAAUGAUGGUGAUGCUGUUUACUGGGAGACUACAAUCAGUUCGUCUCUAGACGACUACAAACAAGUCGAAGGGGUCAUGAUUGCUCACUCUGGACGCUCUGUUGUUACCCUCUUCAGAUUUGGGGAAGUGGCGAUGAGCCACACUAGGACAAAGAUGGAGGAAAGAUGGACUAUUGAAGAAGUUGCUUUCGAUGUUCCUGGUCUGUCUCCAGAUUGCUUUAUCCCACCUGCUGAUCUUAGGUCUGGUUCGUUAACUGAAGCAUGCGAGUACUCGGGUCAAGAGGAGAAAGGGAAGAGCUCCAUCGCAUUGGCUGCAACAACAGCACAUAGAGCUAAAGUAGCAGCCUUGGAGAAAGGAAGGUUCCACGAGAAUCCGGUUUGGCAUAUCGACGUCUGAGUUUUGUAGGGAAGAUGCAAUCUGUGCAUAGUAAUGCUUAUAACAAGCCUUAAGCCUUGAAAUCAAAACUAACUAACCACUUUUGUUUAACAGCUUACAUAUUAGGAGUUUGAUUACACAAUUGGUUUAUUUCAGUUUUCGUUUGUCUUUUUCUUUUCUUCUUUGUCACCUUCAAUUUUUUUUGGGUAAGGUGAUGGGAUUGAUUUGCAAAAACGGUGGCAACAAGAGAAGGAGAAUUGUUGUUGCUUAAGUGA